AGGCUUCUUCUCCUUCUUCUCCUUCCCCAUUAAAACAAGAAGGUGACCAAAACUUCCUAUUUGAAGAGUUUUCUGCACUGCAAUGAGGCUUCUAUAUUAGAGAGCAAUCCAUUUGAAACAAUAUGCAAAAUUAUAAAGUGCCACUUCCUGGGGCUUGUGGGGCGGGCUCUGGCUCUCCUGUUUUGGUUUUCCUCCAUGAUCCUGAUACGUGGCUGUUUGGGAAAGCCCUGUCUGCAGCUGUGAUUCUUGCGGAGGCUGGGACCCUGCACAAACUCAGCCUCGUUUCAUCAUCAGGCCUGGAUGGCAGGGACACACUGGUGCAGGGAUAGUCGAAAACACAAGCAUUACAGGUUGCUAGUGCAUUUCGGGCCAUGGGCUGGAUGAAAGACAAAAGCAGUAGUAAGCCCAGCUGGGCCCUGGCUGUGUUGUUGGUCCCUGUGUUGUUGCUGACAGUGACCUCCAGGGGGGCAUCCAGCAGUCAGAGGAUGAUUCAAACAGUGAUGGCUCAAGCCACAGCCACAGCGGCAGGACCUAGCUCCUCAGACUUGCUCCAGGGUCUGCACCAAGGCCUGCAGGCUGCAGCCCACUUCCUCUGCUCCGAAGAGGCACAUGUUCUGCUCCUGGCUCUGCUCGGCUCCAUCGCUGUCGGCCUCAGUGGGAUCUUUCCAUUGCUUAUUAUUCCCAUCGAGGCAGGUGUAGCCCUCAAAACUGAAGCUGGGUCACAGAGACUGAAGCAGCUCUUGAGCUUUGCCAUUGGUGGUCUUCUUGGAGAUGUUUUUCUUCAUCUUCUGCCUGAGGCCUGGGCGCUGUCUUGCUCCUCUGUGGGUAAACAAAACCACUACACAAACCAGGGCUUGUGGGUAAUUAGUGGUUUGCUGGCCUUUUUACUGUUGGAGAAGAUGUUUCCAGAUGAGGACCGGCUACGAAGGUGCCACGACUCAAUCCGAUUUGAAUUUCAACUCUUCGAUACUGAUACAAAUUCAUCUAGGCAGUCUAUUUCAGUUUUCAGUGGAAAGACAGAAGUGUCACUCCAAAACGGGCACCACACUGAGUCAUGGAAAUCUUCUAAGCAACUGAGUCUGCAGCAAACGCCUCAGAAAAUCAAGACAAGUGGGUAUUUAAACCUGUUGGCAAACUGUAUAGACAACUUCACUCAUGGGCUGGCAGUGGGAGGAAGCUUCCUGGUUAGCAAAAAGGUUGGCCUCCUUACCACCUUUGCCAUCCUGCUCCAUGAAAUCCCCCAUGAGGUGGGAGACUUUGCCAUUUUACUGCGUGCUGGGUUUGAUCGCUGGAGUGCCGCGCGCAUGCAGCUGUCCACAGCCAUGGUCGGGGUCCUGGGGGCGUGUGUAGCCCUCUACACUCAGUCUCCAAAAGGGACAGAAGACACAGCCUCCUGGAUACUACCUUUCACCUCCGGAGGAUUUCUCUACAUUGCUUUGGUUAGUGUGGUCCCGGAUCUGCUGCAAGAGUCCAGUUUCAGGCAAUCCAUGCUCCAGAUCUUCCUAAUUUUCUCUGGUGUAGCUGUGAUGGCUCUUCUCUCUGCCAUUGUUUAAACAGGUUUCUCUGUUUCAUCUGGUACCCGCAGUAUAUUUAAUGUAAAGUAUAGUAUAUUCCACAAUCACAGCCUGUUACUGACAUGACUGAAGCUGGCACUUUAUGGACUUUAUGGACACGGAUAAUGUGCCAAAUUUAAACCAAGGGAAUUAAAUGAAAGGCGUAUACCAAAAAUGUUUUGCACAUAUGCAGCACAUCACUUGGUUGUUAAUCCCGCUAUCUAUGGCUUUUCACUUUAUAUAUAUUUUUUUUUACUAUUUAAAAAAUGUCUUAUUUUCAUGCAGCUGCUGUAUUUAUUGAAAAAGAGACUAUCAAUGCUUUGUUUUAGCUUGGCCUACAUUCAUGAUUUGUCCCCUCUAUCAUGUUACAAAAUAAGUGCCAAAACACUAGAAUCUGUCCUACUUGUGUCAGGUUUAGGUCCCAUUAACAAAUGCUGUAUUAUAUACAGUGAAGUAUAUUGUUUCCACAUUUAAGCAAUAUCUUUAUAUUUUUGUUAUAUAGCUUGACUCUGAAAGAAUGUUAGAUAAAUUAACAAAAUAAAUAUAGAAAUACUAUUUUUAUUUGGUGUAUAUUUGUGUAGAAUUCCCAGAAAAAACUAACCAUAACAAUAUAAGGUCGUUGUGGCAUCUUUUAAAAAAUAAACACAAUGGAAAACUCA